ACAAGAUAAGAUAAUUGAAUAAUCUUAAAAAAAAAAAAUUUAGCCAAGAGAAGGGGAUAUAUAUUUUACGACUACUUUGAUAGAAAAAAAAAAUUGUAAAUCAGUACAGUACACACUGUCAUUACAAUGACCGGAAGAAGUAUUUUAUUGUUUAUUUUAUUGUCUUUUGUAUUAAAUUCAACUGCAAAGUUAAAAAAACACGAUGGCUUUGAAAAAACACUUGGACAUUUAAAGCCAAAAUCUUCAGCUGAUGAUCAACAAAAAGCUGCUUUUAAUUUAAUCGAAAGAAUUGUUAAAAAUAAUUCAAAAUUAUUUAGUGUUAUUGUUGAUCCAACACGAAGCCCAGAAGGAAAAGACAAAUUUACAAUAACAAAAAAUCAAUUGGGACAAAUUCAAGUACUAGCAAAUUCAGGUGUUGCUGCUGCAUGGGGAUUUCAUUAUUAUAUUAAAAAUUAUUGCAAUGCUCAUAUUUCAUGGGAAGGUCAACAAAUUGAAUUGCCAAAUUCUUUACCAGAUGUCGAUAUAACUGUAACAUCAAAAGACAGAUUUCGUUAUUAUCAAAAUGUCUGUACAGUUGGCUACAGUUCAACCUGGUGGUCAUGGAAUCAGUGGGAAAAAAAUAUUGAUUGGAUGGCACUUAAUGGAAUUAAUUUUGCUCUUGCAUUUCAUGGCCAAGAGGCAAUAUGGAAAAAAAUUUAUCUCGACUUGAAACUGAGUCAGUCAGAAAUUGAUGAACACUUUGGUGGAACAGCAUUUUUACCAUGGUCAAGAAUGGGAAACAUACGAGGAUGGGGAGGACCAUUGUCUGAGUCUUGGCAUGAACAUACAAUUAAUUUACAGCAUAAAAUUUUAACACGAAUGAGACAACUUGGAAUAAUUCCAAUUCUACCUGCAUUUGCUGGACAUGUACCACAAGCAUUUUCAAGAAUUUAUCAAAAUUCAAAUUUUACUAAAAUUGAUUGUUGGAAUGAUUUUGAAGAUAAAUAUUGCUGCCCAUUAUUGCUGUCACCAACGGAUCCAUUGUUCAACGAGCUUGGUCAAAAAUUUCUUCGUACUUAUAUUGAUGAGUUUGGAACUGAUCAUGUUUACAAUUGUGAUACAUUCAAUGAAAAUGAACCACCAAGUGGUGAAUUGGAAUCAUUAAAAGAAAUUGGUGCAGCUGUUUAUAAAGCUAUGGUUGAUGUUGAUCCACAAGCAAUUUGGGUAAUGCAAGGUUGGUUAUUUGUUCAUCAAGUUCUCUUUUGGACUGAGCCAAGAGUCGAAGCAUUCGUAACAUCUGUUCCUCUGGGAAAAAUGAUUGUCUUGGAUCUUCAAUCAGAACAAUUUCCACAAUAUGAAAGAUUUAAAUCAUACUACGGACAGCCAUACAUUUGGUGUAUGUUACACAAUUUUGGUGGAACACUUGGUUUAUUUGGUUCUGCUGGUAUCAUCAACGAGCGAGUUAUCAAGGCAAGAAAUAUGAAUAAUAGUACAAUGAUUGGAACCGGACUAACACCUGAAGGUAUCAAUCAAAAUUACGUGAUAUACGAGCUCAUGAAUGAGAUGGCAUACAGAAGUAAAUCUGUUAAUCUUGAUGACUGGUUUGAAAAUUAUGCAACAAGAAGAUACGGUGCUUGGAAUGAAUAUGCAUCAAAAGCUUGGAUAACUUUAGGUAAUACUGUUUAUAAUUUUGAUGGGAUUGAACGUGUACGAGGACAUUAUGUCAUCACCAAAAGACCAAGUUUAAAAAUCAAGCCUUGGACUUGGUAUGAUAAAGAAGAAAUGUUAUCUGCUUGGGAUAAUUUAAUAAAGGCAAGAUAUGGCAGAGGUAAUUCAAGUUUAUACAAACAUGAUAUUGUUGAUAUAACUAGACAAUCACUUCAAUUAAUUGCUGAUGAUAUUUAUGAAAAUAUUGUUGAUGCAAAUAAUAAAAAAAAUAUAACAAAUUUGAAAAUAUAUUCGUCAAUGUUACUUGAAAUAUUUGAUGAUUUAGAAAAUAUACUUGCAUCAAGUGAUAAUUUUUUAUUAGGAAAAUGGAUUAAUGAUGCUAAGUUAUUAGGCACUAAUGAUGAUGAAAAAAAGUUGUAUGAAUUUAAUGCUAAAAAUCAGAUUACAUUGUGGGGACCAGGUGGAGAAAUUAUUGAUUAUGCUAAUAAACAGUGGUCUGGUGUUAUGUCGGAUUAUUUUAAAGCUCGUUGGAUGGUUUUUUUAGAAGCUCUUGAUAAAUCUGUUAGUCAAAAUUUACCACUUCAAUAUGAUGAAGUUGUUGAAAAAAUGUUUACACUUGUUGAAAAACCAUUUUCGAGUUCUUAUAAAAAUUAUCCAAUUGAACCUCAAGGUAAUUCAGUGGAUAUUGCAGUUUUUUUAAAUAAUAAAUGGAGAAAUAGAAAAAUUAGUUCAAAAAAUCGUAAAAAAUUAUCAAAAUUAAGAAAAAAUGCUGAAUAAUUUUUUAAAUAAACGAAGGAUUUGCAAAUUUUUUUUUUUUUUUCAUUUUCAAAAUUUAUUAAUAAAUAUUGUUUUUUAAUUUUUGAAUUAAAUAUUAGACAGAAAAAAAUAUCGUAAUUAUAGUUACAGAAUUAUCAAGUAUCAGAACGAAAAAAAAAUAAUUAAAAAAAUCGAAAAACACUGUACAGUAAUUACAUUUUCUAAUAAUUUUUAUAAAUUUUUUUUUUUUUUUUAAUGAGGAAAUUCGUAGAAAAUUUAUAUUCUAAAUAUAAAUAUUUAUUUGUCGAUAAAAACAAUGUAAACUAUAUUAUUUCAAUAAAACAAAAAA